UGUACACCUCCUACUAUGAAAGAUUAACACCUUAAAUUAUUCUCUAAACAUAAAAGUUAAAACAAUAGGUCUUUAUUGAAGUUCAUUAUAAUAGUUGACGAAUUUCAACAAUUAAAGUUAAACAUGGGCAAUCAUAUUGGUAGGUCAAUAUUAAGAAUUCAAAUACUCAGUAGUACUUUCUUUUGUAAAAUGUACUCAUAUACAAGUAUAUGAAAAAAAAACCCCAAGAUACGAGUAUGCUUUGGUUAUUAGCUCAUCUACUCAUAAAAACAAGAUUAAAGUCAUUUAACAAUUGAUCACGUUAACCAUGUUUAAUUUUUGUGACUCUCUCGACAUUCCCCCCAAAAAAAAAAAAAAACAGUAGUGGGCUUGUUGGGCCUCAAUAUUAGUGGGCUUGUUGGGCCUCAAUAUUAGUGGGCUUUUACAUUAAAUUACCCAAAAGCUUACUCUCUCAUCUUCUCCCACUCAACCGCUCUCUUUUCCACUGUCGGUGACUGACAACGGCGGCCGUAACGUCAGCCGGCGAUACGCCGGAAAUUCAAAUUUCUGGAAAAACUAAAUCAAAACGUGAAAUUGAUGCGCCAAUUGUGUAAAAAUUUAUCACAUUUUGUUCUGAUAUUGGUAAAUUGAGGGGGAGAUUUUGACGAUGAUGAGAGAGAAUCAGUGGUUAACAUCAAUGGCGGAAUCAAACGGAAUCGUAAUUAUUGUAGUGACUGUUUUGACAUUGAUUCUAGUUCGAUUGAUGUAUGUUCUCCAUCGAUGCGGCAAAUCAUUACGACCUACUACUGUGAAACCUCUUAGUACUCUCAUUGUUCUCGGUUCAGGUGGUCACACUGCUGAGAUGAUUAAUCUUUUGUUGGCAUUACAAAAGGACAGGUUUUUGCCUAGAUAUUACAUAGCUGCUGCUACUGAUAAUAUGAGUCUGCAAAAAGCUCAAACAUUCGAAAGCUCCUCGGAUAAUGAGAAUGGGAUGAAUGCAGCACAAUACAUGCAGAUAUAUAGAAGUCGAGAAGUUGGUCAGUCAUAUAUAACUUCUGUUGGGACAACCCUUAUUGCCAUUGCUCAUGCACUGUGGUUAAUGAUUAAAAUCAGACCUCAAGUGAUUCUCUGUAAUGGACCUGGAACUUGUAUACCUUUAUGUGCAGUUGCCUUUAUGUUUAAGAUACUAGGGAUAAGAUGGUCUUCAAUAUUCUAUGUGGAGAGUAUUGCAAGAGUAAAAAGACUCUCUUUGAGUGGCUUGUUGCUUUACAAACUAAGAAUGGCUGAUCAACUAUAUGUGCAAUGGCCUCAACUGCAAAGAAAGUAUCCUCGAUCUAUCUGUGUUGGUUGUCUCAUGUAGAUGGUUGCUGCAAGUUCACUUGUGUAGAUUCUGCUAUACAUGCCCUGCUUAGGUUAUAAACUUCGUUUUGCAACACAACCUAAUCUUUCGAGAUUUUGACUAAUGUAUUCUUACUGAGUUCUGACUUGAGGGAUUUAUGCAUUCCUGAAUCCUGAUUGCUUCUGGUGUUCUUUGAUACAUCCAGCAUUUUAAGUUAACAUGUGAAUGUACCAGACAAUCUUCUCAUAAGUCAUACUCAUUGUUCUUGAAAGUUGUAAUAUACUGUACUUCACAUUUCUUUCUGAAUUAUACCUGUACAGUGUUGUAUCAGUGACUUGCUCUCCAAUCUUCUGUUAUUUAUCUGAUGUAAUUGAACAAGUCAAAUUUUGAAAAUUUCCUGGACUAAAUUAUACUGGUUGAGAUGGGUUUAAAUGAAAUGUUUCAUUUAUUCAUCUCCCCCCUUUUUAUUUUAA